UAUAUAUAAACAAUCUUAUGCACGGUCCAGAGAUAGACAAUAAUGUCUCUCUUUUGCUACAGCAUCCUCUCCCUGUUCCUCCUCUUCGCCUCCGUCCAUUCUGCGCGAAGGACACAAGGUAGAGCCUUGCUUGAGCCUCGGGAGGCUGCCAAGGGACAGGAAGAAGAGGGCGGCGGCAGCGUCGCGUCAGCAAGCUGUUCAGACUGUGUGAUGGACGGUGUGUUUGAUCAGGGACAAGGAGAGGAGGGCGGCGGCAGCGUCGCAGCGGCAAUGAUUGGGUCGAGGCCGCCACGGUGCGAAGGGAGGUGCCUCAGCUGCGGCCCGUGCGAGGCGGUUCAGGUGCCAGCGAUCCCACAGGAUAUAACUCCGGCGGCAGUGAGCUCCAGGGGCGAUGAAGGCAGCUCCAUUUACAAGCCUCUGAGCUGGAAGUGCAAGUGCGGAGGCAUGAUCUUAAAUCCAUGAGCGCUACCUUAAAUUGUUUCAAUCUCGUGUAUAGAUACUGAAGUAGUGGAACAGUGGGAGUUCAUCUUUUGGUUGAAAAUUUUGCUCUAUUUCGAUGCAACUGUUGAACCAAAGUGGACAAAAUGGAAACUUGCACAAGCUUUGCAGCUCCAUGAAAGGUCAUGUCCGAGUGAUUUGAUACAAUGCAUUCACAGCACUCUGUCCAAAACAUAUAUCUACUAAAGGUGCAAUAAGGACAAAAAAAAAAAAAAAAGUUAAAAUGCUGAACACAAAAAAAAAUACUGAAUUCAUUCUCCAACCUUGUUCGAGUUACAAUAUCUUUAAGAGCACAAGAAAGUUCGAUGUCUUACAGCAAAA